AUGCCUCCGACCGAAUCUGCGCGCUCGGCACUGAAUGCCUUUACCUGCACGCUCUGCAACAAGUCUUACUCGCGACACCCCGAGUACGAAGCACACAUCGGUUCCUAUGACCACCAGCACAAGAAACGAUUGCGCGACCUGAAGCAGCUUUCUCGAGACCCAAACGCCGCUGAAAAGGCGAGAAAAGCUGAACGAAAGGCCAAUGAAGAAGCAGGGCUCAUAAUCGUUAACUCCAGUGGGGAGAAGGGAGGCGGUUCAGGCACUGGUAGUGGCUCUACUGGUGGGUUCAAAAAGGGCGGAUUCAAAAGUUCGUUCUCGGUGGUAGCUGGUGGAGGAGCCGGGAGCUCGAGCACAGUUGCAUCUGCAGGGGCAGCUCGACCGAAGAAGAAUGUCCUGGGAGACGAGGAUGACGAGGAGGACAUCACUCAACGGGAGAGUGUUCCGACCAAGGCUUCCGGACCCACGGUCAAUACCAGCAAGGAUAGAGGCCCUCUACAGGCGGAUAAAGAGGUAGAAAGCGACACUGAUGAAGAGAACGGCAACGAUGAUAUUAAAGCUGGUGGUGGUUAUUACGAUCCCCGACGCCCGACGGACUGCUUCCACGAAUGCCCCGGAGCAAAGGCCUCAGUGUGCUGA